AGCUUUCGUCCUGGCUCCGUCAAAGCAGCGCGCCGCGGCAGAGGGCCCCCGCCUUUGGGGCGAGGCACCCCUUCGCGGCCAUACGUAUCUUAUUGAACCACCUUACGUACCUGCUCCAGGAGAUAUGGUACCAGACCACGGCCUGAGUGCACGCUCGCAGAAGAGCACGCCAGCCCCGGCCUCGCUCGGGAGGCUCGUGCCUGUCGCUUUCGUGGUGUGCAACAUCUUGGUUCUCUACAACAUCUACACAUGGCUGCAUAUAGUGCCCAUGAUCAACCACGAGAACACUCGCAGCCGAGGUAUGGCCGAGGGCUGUGUUUUCAACAUCCUCGUCGGCCUGAUGACCAUAUGCUACGCUCGGUGCCUCCUGACGUCGCCGGGCGGCAUCCCCGACAGGGAGCAGGACCCCGCCUGGGAGUACGUCGGCCAGGACGGCCGGCCGAGCCAGAUGCGCGAGGGGCUGAUCGAGACGAAGCGGGACGGGCAGCGCAGGUCCAUGGGUCCUGCCGCGAAGAUCGUCGCAGUCGCCGCGGUGGCCGCGGUGGCCGAUGCGGCGUUGUGGAUCAUUGGCGAGCAGGGCGCAACUUGCACGCAGACUUGUGAGGCCAAGUCGGGGACUUGCGUCGAUGUUGAUUGGGAGUCCGAGCCACAGACCCAGGAGGACGUGUACAAGCUGCUCUGCCUUGAUUGUAGCGCCCUUGCAGUCGACGUCAACCAGAAGACCGCGGCUGAAGAGCAGGUCUGGCAGUACGCCCCAGCUCACAUGGCCAACGAUCCAACAAUUUGCAAACACACCGGCUACGACAGCCUCUGCGACGAGGUUCCUGACCCUCGCAUGGCACGCCAAUGCAAGUGUGAGGGCGUCGCCGGCACUCAGCCUCCGUGCCCCGGGGAGGCCGCGGCGAAGGCCCCGGCGGGAGGCGAGGCGUGCGAGCACAAGAGCGACGGCUGCGAGAUCGAUUGCCAGGUGGACGGGUCCCCACUGGAGUGCGACGGCACAUCGUGCUGCGAGCUCUUCCAGGAGGCCCUCGCGGAGCUUCACGGGGACGGCGGCAGCUCGGACCCCAGCGCGGAGGUCGGCUGCGGCAUGGUCCUGGAGGUCGUGCAGCAACGGUGCGAGUCCUGCUCGGCGUGCAGGGCCGGGGCGGCGGAGGGCGGGGCGAGGGUGCUGACGGACGGGGCCUUGGCUGGGCGGAGGCCUUCGGGCGCCGCGGCGGCGGCCGCCCUCGCGGCGCUCGGGGCGGCCGCGGUGCUCGGAGGGGCCGCGGCGGCGCUCGGGCGCGGGGGCGCGGCCCGGGCGCGGGCCGCCGCCCGCGAGGCAGGGCCCCAGGCCACGCUCGAGGAGAACGCCCCGAUCAACUCCGCAGGCCGUGCCGCACCAGCGGGCGUGGGGCAAGCGCCGCGCGGCCGCCGGGCUGCACGGGCGAUGGUGGGGACGCAGUCCACGGCCGAGGCGUUCGAGACCCACCUUCAGGCCAUCACCCUUGCCCUGGAUCUUCAGGCGAAGCUGGUGCGCAGCGCACUCGAUCUCCACCCGGCAUGGUCGCCCCUGGAUUCCAAUUCGGCGGAAGGGGCGAUCAGCAGGGUCAGUGCCGCGAUCAGCGAUCUCAGACACGAGCUCGGCGUGGCCACCACCACUGCAGGCCCUGGGGAGCCUCCGACUACAACCGCCGUCGAGGCCCUCGCGGACAAGGCCUACCCGAGCUCCGCCACCAUGGCCGCGCCGAUCGCUGGCCUCAGCACGAUUCCGAAGCGCCGGCUCUCCUUCGCCUCGCGGGGCAGCUUCGGCAGCCGGAGCAGCAACGGCAGCCAGCUCGGAAGGCAUGUGCAGCGCAUACCGACGGUGGAAGAAGAACCAGAAGCCGGUCAGCGCAUGGACGUCAAGUCUCUCAAUUACAAGCUGACGGAUUCAUGCUCGAUCAUCGGCGACGAUAACGACCCAGCCAUCGACGGGGAUCUGCCGAUGUGGUCCCUCGAUUCCAUAGACACCAACUGGAUGACGCGGGCGAGCGUCUCGGCGGUGAGCAUGCGGCACACCUCCCCGUGCGUCCACGGCUCGCUGAACCCAGACUGGUCUCUGAGGCUGGCGUGGGACCUGUUUGUCAUAUCCAUGGUCCUGUGCGACUGCGUUAUCCUCCCGUACCAGCUGGCGGAGUUCCGCACGGAUAAGGGAUUUGAUGCCGUGUGGCUCUGGUUCACGGUCAUCAUCUUCUUGUGCGAUUUGAUACUGAAUUUCUUUACCGGUUACCACGCAGGCAAGAAGGAUGAACACCUUCAGGAGGGAACCUUGGUCACCGACAGGAAGAGCGUUGCGAUACACUACCUCCGCGGAUGGUUCUGGAUCGAUUUUCUGAGCACCGUGCCGUGGUCCAAGGUCGCCGAAGCUUUCAACUCGGACGGCAGAAUGGACACGUCUUCGGCUGGCCAAGUGACGAAGCUCGCAAAGAUUAUCAAGUUGACGCGGCUUCUAAGGCUUAUGCGGAUGCUGCGACUCUAUAAGGUGUCAGUCGUCUGGGAGAGCCUCGAGGGCCGGAUCGGGUCCAUCACCGCCCUGAACGUGGUGAGUAUGUUGAGGGUCCUUGGUAUUUGGACCGCAAUCUGCCAUUGGGGCGCAUGCGUUUGGUGGAUGGUUGGCAAGAGAGACAGUUUGGUAAUGCUCCUCACGAUGCAGGACGACGUUCCAGACGGACUCCACUGGACCGAGCUGCCGCGCGUGCACAGCGCCUACGAUGACUUCGGGCAGUGGAGAUGGGUGGACAGGCCUGCGUUUGAGCAGUACAUCUUCUGUUUCUAUUGGAUAUUGGGAGUGAUGCGCACCAUGCCCGCCGAGGUCACGCCCGUGAAUUUGACAGAGAGGAUAUUUGUUCUUGUCUUUAUGUUCUUCGCCGUCAUGGCUUUCGCAGUCAACGUCACUCGCAUUACGCAGGCCUGGUUCAGGUUCGGCGCGCGCAAGGAUGCGUUCAAGGAGGAGAUGGCGUGCGUCCGCAUGCAUCUGAGAACGAUGAAAUGUGGAAACGCGGUGCAACUGCGCACGCAGGCAUUCCUGAAGCAUCUCUUCGAAAAGAGGAAGAUCCACGCCAAGGAGCUGGGCCUGUUGAACACCCUGCCCGAGGGGCUGAAGCGGAAGCUGAACCAUUCCCACAGGAUCCACUACCUCAGGAUGAUCCCACGACUGCGAGACUGGAUGGAUCAGGCCCUGCAGCUCGUCUGUGACGCCACCACGGCCGUGGACUUCCUGCCGGGCGACAAGCUCACAAUGAAAGACCACGAGGCGGAGGCCGCGUACGUGCUCAUGAGGGGCGGCCUGCAGGUCUACGUGCCGUCCUCGCGGCAGGCAUCGCUGCUGCAUGGCCGCCCCAGCAACGACAGCACUGCGACGGGGCUAUUGAGCAUGCUGUGGCGCAUGUCCCUGUCGAAUGAGAGCCAGGAGCGCCUGACGGUCGUGGACGACCACUGCCUCUUCGAUCACGAGGGUAUCGUCGUGCCGCUGUGCCGGGACACCGUGGUGGUGAUGGAGUGUUCCGAGUUGUUGCGCAUAGACCGGCAGGCGUUCAAGGAGGCGAUGAAGGAACUGCGUGUCCGGCGCAACCACGCGCGGAAUCGCCGCCGCGAGUUGGAGAUGCAGAGGCUGCGCAUGAGCGACUCGGUGCGGUCGAGCCACUCGAGGGACCUUCGCACGAGCGACUCGAUUCAGGAGAUGCUCGUGUGUCCGUCCACUCGGGCUCCAGCAGCUACCCCAUGUGGCAAUCGGUCGAGUCCGCCAACGUGGUCAGGUUCCGGAGGGACAGCGACUGCGAGUCCAUCGCGGACGACUCGAGAGGAGGAGAGACGGAGACAAAGACCCCGCAAGAGUACAGCCAGCAGAAGGCCUGAGAAACGAGGAAGACAGCAGCCAGAGCGACGGACUGGCCGGCACCGCGCGCCCAGAAGUUGCGGCAGCAGCGCGCGACCUGGCGCUCGAAGCAUCCCGCCACCUCCCCCUGGAGAAGCUUGCUGGUCUCGUGCGCAGGCCAGCUGUUUUCGUAGACAGUGUGCGCGUCCACCGCACCGGCUGGCUUGGAGAGUGGCCGGUUCGGUUGCAACAGCCUGAGGUGGCCCAAGAAGGAAUAUGUUUUGUCAGGUAUGCUUGUCACCAGUGUUGAUCAUCAGUGUAGGCAAAGCAGGAGGGGCAAGCCGUGUCCGUCGUCGCCGCGGAACUCACGUGGUGUCCAGCUACCAUCGGCCACUGCUUAUGUUUGCGGGUCCCCAAUGAAGACGGAAGACGCGACCCUGAAUGGCAACACACAUUUGUUGCUGGUUGCCGCGGAAAGGGGGAACUUCAUUAUCAGCUUAUGUUGGUGGGUCGAGGCAGUGUUUUUUUUUUUGUUGGCGGCCGCGCGCGCACCAGCCCAAAGCGGUGCGGUGGGUCGCGCCCCAGCUGCGCUGCCGAUUGUGUGUGAGUACUGCCCCUCCGAGCGGCGGGCGAGAACGCUGGGAAACGCCGGGUUUUUGGAGGGCCGAUGUGGCGUGCACGGGGAAACCCUUAGACCAGAGCCCCUAUCGUCGCCGCCGGUUAGAUCUGGCGUCUCGGGAACGGCCAGGUCAGGGGCUG